UAUCUGUUUGCAUGUGUAAUGUGAUGAAGUCGUGGGAAGCAUGAUGCAAUAAUGACUAGCACGGUGCAACAGUCAAGGCCGGGUGACUUGAGGAGUUGGGGAGGUGCGUGCGAGAUUAGCCGAGGGACUUUGGGACAGAAGACGCGUUACCGGGCGGAGUUGGUGUGGUCUGAGAGCCGUGUGCGUGUCUUUCGUGCCUGUGUGCCUGUAUAACCUGUACAGUACUCGAGAACUGCUGGACUGUGUAUGGAACCUGUCAAUGAACGAAGAAUUAGUGGUGAACGAGUUUCCUUGUACCCGGCCUCUGCAGUUCCCUCGUCGGCGCUCUGUCUGCCUCUGUGGGCCGCUGUCAGUGUGUCGCGCCCUCCUAGCUGUGCUGGGUUCACGACCCUGUGUUUUCAGCACGCCGCCUGCCUGUCCGGUGUUGGUGUGUUGUGGGGGGCGGCGUAACAAUACCUUUAUGGCUUGCGGCACUAGUAAUUCCCGUGUCUUUAAGAUGUUGCUGGACAGCGGGCACGAGGUGACGCUCCUGGAAGGGGAGGAGCUGGCGCAGCAGGAGCAGGACUUCACAGGCCACAAACAUAGAGGCCUGGUUCGCUUGACCCCCGGCAGGUGGCUGUUUCCUAAGAAGUUCACCAAAUAUGCUAAUGACCUUUACAACUUCAAGUGGCGGAGCAGUGACGUGGUGGUGAUGACGUACCCCAAGUGUGGCACCACCUGGACCCAAGAGAUCAUCUGGACCAUGAGGAACAACAACAACUUCGACCAUCCCCACGCUAAUGAGCCCAUCAUGGACCGAGUUCCCUUCAUUGAAGUUGACAUGCUCUUCCCAGAUGGCCUGACUCAUGGCAGCCCAACGAUGACAGAGACGCCAUCAUUUUUGCGCCACUGUCCAGAUGCUGACCCCAACGAUGGAGUGUACUUACAAAUGUCAGCAGCCAUACCUGACCCCCGCACCAUCAAGACACACCUGCCCUUCUCUCUGCUCCAUCCUUCAAUGCUGGACACAGUUAAGGUUGUGUACGUGGCCAGGAACCCCAAGGAUGUGUUGCUCUCCUUCAUGCACCACUCACGCCUCUUCUUUGACUUAGACUUUCAAGGCACCGUGGAGGAUUUCUACAAAUACUUUAUCAGUGGAGACUUAAUCUUUGGUGGCUACGACGAGCAUGUAAAGGAGGCGUGGGAGAGACGCACCCACCCAAACCUUCACUUUGUGUUCUACGAGGACAUGCAGGCCGACAUCAUGAAGGAGUUACGCAGACUGAAUGACUUCCUGGACACCCAGCUGACGGAGGAGCAGCUGAAGAAGGUGGCAGACUACACCUCCUUCGAGAGCAUGAAGGAACGAGGUAAUGAGGAAAUGAAGAAAAUUUUCAACCAAGACGUAUAUAAGAAAGACGGAGGAUUCUUCAGAAAGGGGAAGAGCGGUGACUGGAAGAAGAGCCUCACUCCAGAACUUGCUGCUGAGAUGGACUCAUGGACUGCCAAACACUUUAACUUUGGCAUCACCUUCAAGUAAUCCAAGUGAUACUCUGACCACAACCGAUGACCUGAGUCAACAUCAGGCAGCUUGUGUUAUGAGCCACGACCUCUACUUUCCCCUCUCUCCAGUGCAGUGUUGACAUCAAUACCAACCUCAGGCAGCUUGGCCCCUGAGCCUUGUGCCCUCCCUCACCCUCUCUCCUUAUUUCAUAUACGUGACUAUAUUCAUUCUUUAGGUCAUCCUUUCUGUCAAACACAACAGAAGUAACCUGAGUUAAUUGGCCACACUUCCAGGAAGGGGACAGGACUUAGGGGACGAGGUGCCCGAAGGUGACUAAGGCAGCAGGCUUAAACAAAUCAUGUGGUUAACUUAUACCAUGACAGCUUUCUUGAUGAGUCCAGAAAAUUUGGAAAUGGAAAGGAAAACAGAAAGGAAAUGGAAAUGACAUGACACUGUGACACAUUCAAUCAAUAGCUUGUAAACCCCAGCAGUGACCUGUUCAUGAAUGGACUCCUUGGAGAGAAAUAUAAUCUUUGUAAUCAUCAUAGUAAUCUUUUAUUUACAGGAGCUAGACACAGCUUCAUUAUAUCAUAAAUUAUAUUACCCACACAAGUAAAAAUAAAGACAAUUUACUUAAAAUACUUG